AUGGCCUCCGUUACAGACACACCACGUUACUUUUGGUUUCCUAUUCUCAGUCAAUUCAUUGCCGGACUCGAAUCAAAGUUCUCCCAGCUCUCGGUAUCUCCAGACGACCCUUUGCUGACCGCCAGAGCAACUGCCCGAGUAUACACCCAUCGAUUCUCAGUCUCAGAUGUCAAAGGCCCAGAACCCCGACCGACGUGGGAGAUCUCCUGGUCCUCGCUCGCUCACUUCUCGCGGGAUUCUCCGCCACCGUUCGACUUCAGGAAGAAACGGAAAGACCAACCUGUCCACCCCGCAGCUCUAAUGGCGCAGCUCAAACGGCGAUUACAUUCCCAGCCAAAAACAGAAGAAACGCGCGAUGACAUGGAAGUUGAUACUAGUGGGCGUGUACGUGCGGUACGCAAAAGCAAUCUCCGAGCGGGAGUCAUUGUGGCACGUCGAAAGCGAGAAAGUGGGGGCGAAGAUGCCGAUGUGAGUAGUGCUGAGAUAGGAACUGCGUCAACGCCCUAUUCCAGAAAUAACAGCGCCCUAAUUUACUGGAGCCGGCGCCGUGCAUCUUCUUUUGGUGAACAGUCGACCUCUGCCUCGUUGGAGACCAGUAGCCCUACUAUCUCAAUCACUGAAGCGCCUAAUACCUCUAAUUCAGGCCCUCUGCCCAAUGCUCGGCGCCGACGUGCAGGUCGCUCGGCUUCUACUUCUGGACUUCCUCUUCCUCAACUCGAUACAACCGACAUCACCGUCCGCCGACCUUCAGUUGCGCUUUCGCUCAUGAAGACUCCAUUUAUCCAAGAUGUCGAUAUGGCCUCGCCCAUGUCCGCGACUCCUAUCAUGCGCACUUCGACUGAAUCGUCCAUGUGGGGUCCUCGAAAGUUUAACCGCUCUACUAUCCAUCACGGGCCCAUUGAAGAAGCACCCAAGCCAUCUUCACCGCCUCCGGACUAUGCCAGUGUCAUGCAUCGUGACGACGAGGAUGGAGAUGCGGAUGACGAAAAGACGCCCCUGAGGACCAUGCCUACUCGGCGAGCCGGAUCCCCAGCACCGGCAAGUUCAUUGGAUACUGUGCAUGAAGAAGAAGAAACUUUGCCUAAAUCCGGGGUAGAUCUCACGGAUAAGGAUGAUGUUAUGUCACCUUGA